AUGGCCACCAGCGCGCGAGCUCGUCCACCCGGCCACGAUGCGCCAGCAAUCCACGAGUAUCUCCAGUGGAUAGCAAACCCGAAUAACUGCCAAGAAGGCAUGAUUGACCCUGCCAGUGAAGAAAAGCAUCUAUUUCUUCCCUCUGCCGACGUCGAGAGGCACUUAACCGCCCACAACUAUCGCAAUCUCGCCCCGCUCCUCCAGGCGGUGUUCCUCAACAGCCACAAUAACCCGAUUGAUGCGUGUGAUAUGGUGGAGGGGUAUCAUUGUAUAUUCAGCAUCUUGUUACAAAUAGGAAAAGGCCAUCUACUUGGCCAAUUCUUGCAUCACGACCACCUGAAGGACGCAUUCCUUCCAUUCAGCAAUGACCACCCACCCGCUGAUUUCCCAAUCGACCCGGCGGAUGCGGACCCGAAAGCCUUCCUUCAGCGCUUCUGCCAGCAGCAGAUGAAGUUUUGUCCCCCUAAGAUAGAGAAUCGACCAGGGAAGGUUUUCGCCGAUGGUCGCAUUCUUCCUUUCACUGUCAAAGAACGGCUGGCGAAGGGUGGUAGUGCAACUCUUUACAAGGUUGUUCUCCACAACCAAUACGAUGGACUUUCCACCCAUCACAAGACUCAGGCCGAGAAUUAUUAUGUCCUGAAAACUUACUAUGGCAAAAAUGCGAGAACCUAUUACGAUAGAGAAGUCAACGCGUUCAAAAAACUUCGAAAAUUGAGAAAUGGCAGCCUAUCCGUUUCUCCAAAUAUAAUACAAUUUUAUGGCAGCUUUCAGCACGGCGAUCGCUAUAACAUACUUCUCGAAUAUGCGGAUCAAAAAACUUUGGAGCAUUUCUUUGAAACUAUCCGGGAACCUACAACGGGGGGUGAAAUAAUCGCAUUCUGGACAAGCAUUCUCAAGCUCGUUGAGGGAUUGUACGAGAUACAUCAAGGCUGCGAAGAUACUUCUCUUGAUAGGGCAAGUCCUCUUUCUGGGUGGCACCAAGACAUAAAGCCAGCGAAUAUCCUAAUCACUAGCAGGGGCGAGGAGGGUUUACGCCUUAAUUCACCCUAUGAGUGGCACUUUAAGCUUGCUGAUCUUGGGAUAUCCCACUUCACCACUUAUGGAGAUUCAACCGGGACCCCUAGAGCCAUAGAUUUCCAGGGAACGCGUACAUACGGGGCACCAGAGUGUUGUCGAACGAGCGAGUUCCUUCGAGGCGUCGACGUUGACAUUACUCAGAGUAGUGAUGUCUGGUCACUUGCUGCUGUUUUAAGCGAGGCCGCUAUCUGGGCAGUCGGUGGGAAGAGCUAUCUGGAAGAAUAUCGACUAUCCCGCAAGGAAGCGACUCGUGAUAUACAUGGCCUAGAGGACAGUGAUUGUUUCCACGAUGGCCAAAAUCUUCUACCGGUGGUUAAUGAAUGGCACCAAAAGGCAAGAGACGGAGUCCGAAAACAAGAUACAACAACCGACGGAGUGAUUACCGUGCUUGAGGAUAUGCUAGUCACUGACUACCGGUCUACUAUAGCACAGGUGUACAAAAAGUUUGAUCGAAUUCUUGGAAAAGCACAAAAUGACCUAAAGAGGCAACAGUCGCUAUCACCUGAUCCUCAAACACCCAAAAAGACACUUCCGCCAGUUCUCCCAAGUCCUUCUCCGCAUAAUACAAGUCCAUCGCUAAUGGGGGACUUUUCAGGAGGAAAAAAUCAUCAGAUACCAGACCCUAACUACCAAGCGUUUGGCAUGUAUAAUAACAACGUCCCGAUCAUGAGUCAGCCAACCCUACAAAUUGGCCAGGAUAAUCUGCCUAGAACCCCGACAGGGAAAGAGCCAGAACAAUGGCUGGACCGUCAGAUUUACAAUAGCCCAAAACCAACACUCCGAAACAGUGACCCCGAGACGUAUCAACUUGGACAACCCUAUUCCAAGCCUGGUCCUCCAAUGGGCCGGAAUUCGUUUGUUUCUGCACAUCACCCAAAUGAGAUGCUACCAAACGGUAACAACGGUUACCAUCCGAAAUCGCCUCAAUUCAUGGGAGGUAGAGAGCCUAUGGGAAGAUUCUCCCCUGAUCGACAGCAAUUCAUUCCCGAAGAUCGUCCUCAAUCCGGAGUGAGCCAGCUCCAUAUGAACCACUUACAUAUAUCGUCACAAGAACAAAAUCCCGACGAGAGUUUUAAUCAACGAGUAAAUGAAGAUCAAAUUGGGCGUUUGCAUAAUCCUUUACAACAGUCUGGAAUCUACACCGCGCCACUAGAGAGAUCAUUUCAGUCCCGCGAUAUAACCCGUCGUGAUACCGAGCGUCAUUCAAGGCCACCGACGCAACCCCAACGAACCUCAACAUCACCGAAUGAUUUCCCAGCCUUGAAUUCAAGUUUUGCUUCUAUGGCACACCGUAAUACACCACAGUAUGAUAACCUACAUUCCGAUGAAAGACAAACAUAUCCUCAUGCGCAACCUCCUGGUCCUCCGCCAACAGCCGUUCUGGAACGAGUUAGGCAACGCACUAGGCGGAAAAGAACUAUUCCGAAUAAAGCCCGCGCUAACUGUUCAAUCUCUACUGCGAUAGAUUGGAGAGAUUCCAAGAAAAGUUUGUUCAAGAGGGACAUCCCACUGCCCGGAAGCUGGCUCUUACAGGAAUUGAAAGAAAGAGAUCAUGUUUUCAUACUAGACGAUACCUGGACGAUGAGAAAACAGUGGAGCAACCUCACACCGGUAUUUGGAGCGCUGGCCUACAUGGUAAAGACAGUCGACCCUGAUGGUUUAGAUCUCCAUUUUACUAUGUCCAACCGGCUGUUUCAUGGCACCCAAACCAGCGUAUUGGUUAAUCAGGUCAGAGGGCACCAAUGCCAAGGAUCAAGUAAUAUGGGCCACCGACUAACGACCAUCAUGGCCACUUACAAGGCCCAGCUACGAGAUCAGUAUAAUUUCAGGCAAGGCCAUUUAGAUGAUGCUACCAAGGAAUAUGUCCGCCCAGUUAAUUACUACAUCUUUACAGAUGGACGAUGGGAUCCUGGAUGCGAACCGGAUAGUGCUAUUAAAGAACUGACUGAGUUAAUGGUUGAGCUAGAUGUCGAAGAAAAUCAAGUUGGCAUACAGUUCAUUAGUUUCGGUAACGACAAGGCGGGACUGGCUAAUCUUAAACGACUGGAUGAUGAUCUAGACGUUGAGAUCGACGUUGUUGACACCACUCCCUCAACCGGCAACGCAUGGAAAAUGCUUCUGGGCGCAAUUGACAGAGGAUACGAUGAGACCGAAAAUUCUGCGCAAGGUGCAUCGAGUUCUAGACGCUAA